CUCGGUUGGCUCUGCCAAGGAGCUUUGGGCUGCCUUGGAGAAGAAAUACAAAACUGAGGAUGCAGGGGUGAAGAAAUUCGUCGUCGGCAAAUUUUUGGAAUUCAAGAUGGUCGACACUAAGACCGUCGUGUCUCAAGUGCAAGAUUUCCAUCUCAUCUUGCACGACAUUCAUGCUGAAGGAAUGUCUCUGAGCGAGUCAUUCCAAGUUGCGGCUGUGAUCGAGAAACUGCCGCCGGGUUGGAAAGACUUCAAGAACUACCUCAAGCACAAGAGGAAGGAGAUGAGUCUUGAAGAUCUGGUUGUUCGUCUUUGGAUUAAAGAGGACAAUCGAAAGUCUUCGGGGAAGGCCCCGAUGAUGAAAGCUCGUGCCAACUUGCUGGAGCAAGGCAACUCGAGAAAAAGAAAGCCCCUUAGCAAAGGGAAGCAGCAACCUGCCAAAUUGUGGAAAUUUAUCGGCAAUUGCCACAACUGUGGAAAGUCGAACCAUAUGGCUAAGGGCUGCAAGAAGCUUAAAAAGGCUGGACUGAAGAAAGCACAGCAUAGUGCCCUCGUUGCUGAACACGGCCCCAUUAACAUAAUCCGAAGUGAUAGGGGUGGGGAGUAUGUAGCUCCUUUUGAACAAAUAUGUUCUGAAUAUGGCAUAAUUCAUCAAACGACGACCCCCUAUUCUCCACAGUCGAACGGUGUUGCUGAAUGCAAGAACCGGACUUUAAAAGAAAUGAUGAAUGCCAUGUUGAUAAAUUCAGGAUUACCCCAAAAUAUGUGGGGGGAAGCUGUUUUAACAGCAAAUCAUAUUCUGAAUAAAAUACCACCUAAAGGAAAAAAUGAGACUCCUUACGAAAUAUUAGUGGUCAAAGGCUUUAAACAAAAAGAAGGAUAUGACUUCUUUGAUACCUAUUCACCUGUUACGCGAAUAGCGUCAAUUAGAGUGCUUCUCUCGAUUGCUGCUUUGCACAAUCUUGAGAUUCAUCAAAUGGAUGUCAAAACGACAUUCUUGAAUG